UUGUCAUUUUUAUAACAGAAGAGACGAAUACGCAGUUUUCUUACUGGAAAGAAGAAUUUAAUUACUUGUUCAAUUUUUUAUACGAAAACUUCCACACAAAAAAAAUCUAAGCAAAUGAAAAAUAUAUAAAAAUGAAAACAACAAAAUAAAAGUUAAAUAAUUACUAAAGAAGUUAUAAUAAAAAGAAAUGAUUUGUUUAAAAUAAAAUAGCAACGAAAGUUUUGGUAAACAAGUAAUUAAAUGAAAAAAUAUUGAGACGAAAAAAAAAAAACAAAAAACGGCAAGAAAAAAUCAAAGAGUUACCGGCCCUUCUUAAUAAAGCAAAUAAUUUUAAAGGAAUUUUGUUUAAUUUAAACAAAAUUGUAACGUUCAUUAAAUUUAUUGAGCAAACAGCUAAAAUAUCGGCAACAUAAUGAAUAAUUUAAGCACCAAUAAUGGAGGCGGUGGCGGUGGUGGCAAUAGCAGCAGUAAUAGUGCGAAUAAUGGUACGGGCAUACGCCCUUCUUCGGCCAAUGACGAGGCCGGUGGUGGUGGCGCUGCUGGUGGCGAUACAGAUGCCAGCUCGAGGCGACAGGCUACCCGGGUGUUUAAGAAAAGCUCCUCGAAUGGCAAAAUUACCGUCUAUCUGGGGAAACGUGAUUUCGUGGACCACAGCACUCAUGUCGAUCCCAUCGAUGGGGUGGUGUUUAUAGAUCCCGAGUAUGUAAAGGAUCGCAAAGUAUUUGGCCAAGUGUUGGCCGCCUUUAGAUAUGGCCGUGAGGAUUUAGAUGUAUUGGGUUUGACAUUUCGGAAGGAUUUAUACUUGGCCCAUGAACAAAUCUAUCCGCCAACGCAAACGGAAAGACCGUUGACAAGACUACAGGAAAGGCUGAUAAAAAAGUUGGGUCCCAAUGCAUAUCCAUUUUACUUUGAAGUUCCUCCCUACUGUCCAGCAUCAGUAUCACUACAACCUGCCCCCGGCGAUACUGGAAAAUCUUGUGGCGUAGAUUAUGAAUUAAAAGCAUUUGUUGGCGAACAAAUCGACGACAAGCCCCAUAAACGCAAUUCCGUUCGUUUGACAAUACGCAAAGUUAUGUACGCUCCCUCAAAGGUGGGCGAACAACCCUCAAUCGAAGUGAGUAAAGAAUUUAUGAUGAAACCAAAUAAAAUCCAUUUGGAAGCCAGUCUUGACAAAGAACUGUAUCAUCACGGCGAAAAGAUAUCGGUCAAUGUUCAUGUGGCCAAUAAUUCUAAUCGAACGGUAAAGAAAAUUAAAGUUUAUGUCCGUCAGUUUGCCGACAUUUGUCUAUUUUCGACGGCCCAAUAUAAAUCGGUGGUGGCCGAGACGGAAUCCGAAGAUGGUUGCCAAGUAUUGCCAGGCUUUACUCUCUCAAAAGUUUUUGAGCUAUGUCCGCUGCUGGCAAAUAACAAGGACAAGUGGGGCUUAGCUUUGGAUGGUCAAUUAAAGCACGAGGAUACAAAUUUGGCCUCCAGUACUCUGAUCACAAAUCCAGCACAACGCGAAAGUCUAGGCAUUAUUGUACACUAUAAAGUCAAAGUGAAAUUGUUAAUUAGUGGCCCCUUGUUGGGUGGUGACUUGGUGGCCGAAUUGCCAUUUACUCUUAUGCAUCCCAAGCCCGAAGAGGAGGAGAAUCCUUUGUUAAGCGACAAAUCACCACGACAAAGUAUACGCGAUAAUCAGUUGGUGGUGGUGGCCAACGAUGAUGCCAAUUCGAAUUCCUCUACCGCUGUCGUCCAAGAGGUACCAACUACAAAUCUCAUACAGCUAGAUGACGAUGAUGCCCAGGACGAUGAUAUUAUAUUUGAAGAUUUUGCCCGUCUACGAUUAAAAGGUGCUGAAACAGAAGCUUAAAUGUUUUUUUUCCAAGAUGCCAUUUUUUAGCUGAACAAAAACAAAAGAGAAAAAUUUAUAAAACUACAAAAUUAUCAUCGAUUGUUUGGAUAUUGUAUUUAGCACAACAUUGAAUAAUAGUUUUCAUAUUUAUCAUUUUUUAUUUAAUUAUAUACAUAUGUAUGUGUACAAUGUUUAAAGAAAUUAAAGGUGUUUUUGUUUUAACAUUUUUUUAAAUUAAAAUCCAUUUGUAAGGGUCGGUUUUGAGUUUCUAUUAAAGCAAGUAAUUGAAAUUGUAACGAAAGAAAAGUUAAAUAUUGAAAAAGGGCAAAAAAUUCUAAUGGAUGUAUAUUUAGUUAUUAAGUUAAUUAUGUUUAUAAUAAUUAUAACAACAAAAUCACAAAACUAAAAACAAAAAACAAUAAUAUUGAUGAUAAAAGAUAUUGAACAAAUGUCUUGAUGUUAACGAAAUUGACGACGAAGAUGACGAUGUUGAUAAUGAUGUUAAAGAAGAUGAAGAAAAAAAAACUGAAGAUUAUUAUGAUUAAUAUAUGAUUAUGAUAAUGACCAUAGUAGUAUGUAUGUCUUUAUCUGUGUAUUUAUGUUUAUACUCUAUAUAUAUAUUUAAAUAUUAAACAAAACAAAAA